GUUCAGGUGCUGAGAUUUUUGCUGGUGCUGGGCCUGGCCACGCUGUUGGAUGCCACCAGGGAAAACCAGGCGGUCUCGGUGAGGUUUAAACAGGGAACCAGACUGAAGGGCAAGACAGUGAGACUGGUCCUGGAUCCCUCAGUGCAAACUCAGAUCAACAGCAUGUCUUCGUCAAACAUCCCCAACAUGUCUAUCUCUCCCUGGACGUACAGAGACACUUGUGAGGCAAAUAGGCUGCCUAGGCAGAUCUCUGAGGCUCACUGCCUGACCUCUGGUUGUCUGAGUCCGCAGGGUGGAGGAGAAGAUGCAGGCCUGGAGGCCAAACCUAUCUACUACCAGGUCCUGGUCCUCCACAGAGUCCCAAAGCAAAGGCUCAAUACCAAAGGAGGGAGGAAGGCUAGGAAGACGUACGACUUCAGACUGGGGACUAAGAUGAUCUCAGUGGGCUGUACCUGUGUGAGGCCCAGUGUCUUACCACAGCAGUAA